AUGGCAGCUCCUGUAAAGAUGGACGAAUUGCUAGUAUCGUGGCUUGGUAGCGACGACGUCUAUAAUAAUGUCCUGGAGUUAAUUGACGAGUAUCGUGUGCAACGAAAGCAACAAGAGAUGAUACAACGCAAUAAACUGACGCCACCGACCUCUCCAAAGCAAGAGGAGAAAACCGAUGCUUCAGAAGAGCCUACUCGAAGUGUAGCUAUCCCGAGGUUUCAUCCACUGAAGAUCAAUACAGGGAAGCAACUGCGAAGAAGACGUACAUUUCCAAACCAGUGCGAAACUUGGGAGCCGUUCACAGGCGAGUCAGUUGUUGAGAGUACUGAUCCACGUCAACUAUCGGAGGCUAAAGAAGCUGACCAAGCGCCCAUACUUUGUGUGAGAGAUCAAGUCUUACAUAUGCUUCCUGACCUUCAUAUCGUUCCAUCUGAAAACGUCAUUGCAUUCCCACUGGAGUCCUUCGUCCGCAUUACAAGAGAACUGUGUCGAUUUCCUUCCUUCUUCAACGCCCCCCUUUAUCAACGAAUCCUCAAUUUGUGGAAUGCGGAAAAUCCCUCUGAAAAUCAAGCCUCAAUUGUGACAUUGGAUAUUUUGGAAUGGUUCUGGAAGACUGAAAUGGAACCUUUCGAUUCUCCAGAGCGGUUUUUUCGGCUCGUCAAGCAACCGUGUCAAGACUGCAUUCUCAGAGACGACUUCUUACCCUUUAUCAAAGCAUUGCUCAACGAUCAUCCAGGCUUGGAAUUUUUGUCUAAUCAUGCUGAAUUCCAAGAGAAGUAUGCAGUUACCGUCAUCACUAGAAUUUUCUAUUCGAUCAAUAAAUGUCACUCAGGGCGCAUAACAUCCCGUCAGAUCCGUAGAUCUGAUAUUAUGGAAGCUUUUUCACGAGUAGACGAGGAAGAAGAUAUCAACAAGGUGACAAGAUACUUUAGCUACGAACACUUUUACGUGCUAUACUGUCGUUUUUGGGAGCUUGACCACGACCGAGACUACCGCAUUACAAGGGAGGACUUGUUAAAAUAUGGAGACCACUCAUUAUCUCAUAUGAUCGUCGAUCGCAUCUUUGACGCAGCCCCUCGCCCAUUUGAAAACGACAGAUCCAACAAUGAGUUUUUGUCAUACGAAGACUUCAUUUUUUUCAUGCUUUCUGAGGAAGACAAAGCGAAUGAGGUAUCAGUGCGAUACUGGUUCAGUUGUGUUGAUGUGGAUGGGGAUGGGAAGCUGAACAAUAUGGAGAUGAGAUCAUUUUACGCUGUUCAACUUCAUCGAAUGCAAUGUAUGGGCCAUGAAAUUGUUCCAUUUGAAGAUAUGCUUUGCCAAAUGAUGGACAUGAUCAAACCAAAGAAUUCGGAUUAUUUGGUCGUAGAAGACUUUCUGCAACCAGAGUGCUCACAAGUCUCAGGUGCUUUGUUUGACGCUCUAUUUAAUCUCAACAAGUAUCUUAUGUUUGAGCAGCGGGAUCCUUUUGCUGAGCGUCAGAAACGGGAAGAUGAAUUUGAAACGGAUUGGGACCGAUUCGCAUGCAUUGAUUACAAUCGCCUGGCAAUGGAAGAAGAAGCUCGGGAAGAAGAGGCAAUUGAGAUCGACUGGGUUACUGUAGACGAAGAUAGCAACCGUCACAAUGAAGUCGGAGGUUGA